CUCUUUGUGCCCAACAAGUGACUACAAUCAGAGUGAGUCACGCAGUGCACGCCCGCCGCUCCCUUCUCGCGGCCAAUGGAGGCGGGAUAUUUAAGGUGGAACCUGUUUGCCUGCUUUAAGCCAAGUAUUGGUCCACCUGACUGGCGCGCCUCUCUUCAGUCACAGCGCGCACGGCACAAAGCUCUGGACUGAAACUCUACGGCACAACUUCGGCAACGACUACAACACCUGCCUGAAGCAUCCUGAGAUGUUUACUUGGAACUGCAGUUGAAACAGUGAAUCCACUGAAGUCUAACGGAGUGGGGCCUUCCUGUGGUUUAAUCCAAAGGGCUUUUUCAAUGUCACUGUGACAGAAACAAGGAUGAUGCGGAGACAUCGCCGAGGAAGGAGCCUCUCUGAGGCCCUGACCCUGGAGCAAUCAGAGGAGGGCGGGCUGGUCGUGUCCGGCAUCAACAGUGCCUCAGUCAAGCAGGGAUUGAGGGAAGGGGAUGAACUUUUGGGGGCAACAAUCAAUUUUAAUACACUGUCAAAAGACGAGGUGUUACAAGUACUGAAGCUGAUUGAACCAUAUAAUGACAAGGUCCAAGUUCUCACCAGGAACAACCUGAGCAAGAGCCUUGGAAAUCUGGACCAGGUGGCCAAGAGUCCUGAUACGAUGCUGAAGGAUUCUUACAGCAAACUCUACAAGGCCAAAAUCAAGAGGUUUAUGAAGGGUGACUCGGAUGGUCCUGAGGACAGCGGGGUUAAUGCCAAUUCAACCCUACCAGGUUCAUCCAAGGUCAGCCUAAAACAAGACAGUGGGUUGCCUCGCCUUGGAGUUGAUUUUGGACGUCUGAAAACCAAGAACCCAAGCACUAACUUUAAUGUCGAUUCAGAAUUUGAUGAUGCAACAUUGUCUGGCGAUUUAACAGAUGGCAGCAAUAUGAACCUUCCACCAAUGGGUCUCGGCUGGGCUGGAGCUGCUGUAAGUGGAGGUCAGGUGCCGAGACUUAAAGUCGACGGAAGAAGUCCACAGAUUAACACUCCAGAUUUCCACCUGUCCCGAACAUUACCAGAAGGUAUAAAACUGCCAACCAUUGACAGUCCAUCAGCUGACUUGACAAUGCCAAAUCUUGAAAGACCUCGUGUUGGACUGGAAAGCAAUGGAGCUUUUAGUGCUCCAGAAAUAGGAGACCUGCCAAACUUGGGGUUCUCUGGGCCAUCAUUUUCUGGUCCAGAAUAUGAUAUUAGGACACCAGGUGUAGAAACCCCAGAUCUUUCCUCAGGACGGGAUCAUGUGCUUAGAGCCAGAGCUUCAACACUGGACCCCCAGGCAUCAUAUAAUUAUGGAGACAUGGUUUAUCCAUCAGGUGCUAAUAUUGACAUGAGAGACCCCAGACACAGCAGACGAAUCCCAGCUGGUGACGUUGAUGUCUCUUCAAAGCACCAGAGAACAAUGCAGCCUGUACCUGAUAAUUCAGAUGGUUACUAUGUCACUGUUUUCCCCACUCAAGCACAAAAUCGGAAAAUGUCAAAUCGCAAAAGUAAUACUCUUGGAGGUCUUGACUUUCAUCCAGGAAAUAUGGACCUUGAGGUUCCAGACAGUGAGCUUAAAGGGUCAACACACUUUUUCUACAACCUUGUAUAGAUUUAAAGCACUCAUGCUUCCAAAAGUGGCAGCCGCUUUUUUAAAAAUAUAUAUAUAUAAAGCUUUUUUAUUGGGUUUAUUUAUUGUGACUCAAACUGAUGUAUGUUAUGUGCCUCAUUUACGUAUUUGUAUAUAAUGCCACUCUUACAGCUUUGUGAUGAUGCAAACCUACAUUAAAAUGCUGCAUUGUUGCACUUAUUAUGAAUGUAAAUGUAAACAUUUUCAUAUUUUGUAACAAUGAGUGUUUACGUUGUACUAUACUGUUUUGAAAGUAGAUAUUUUUGUACAUCAAAGCUAAACCUUUUGAUUUUGUUAUGGCACCUAAAGGCACCAGAAUUCCUGCAUCUUCUCUGAUGCUGAAAGUUGAGGAGGAAAUGUGUACCUGUUGGAUACUAUUACAAAAAGAUGUUUUGUUAUAUUUUAUCAACUGAAUGUUAAAAUAUCCAAAGUUUGCAUAUCAAUAUAAUUUUAUUGUAUGUUUGUUCUUUUGAAACACCCACUAUAUUUUAUAUUCAC